AUGACCUAUGUGCUUAUAGAUACUCAAAGAUUAGAGGAGCAGAGACGCAAGGAUAAACUUGAGAAGAAGAUUAAAGAAAAUGACCGAAAAGUUGAAAAAUGGUUAUCUUUACGUGGCAUCCCCCUUAUUAAAAAGCAGAAGAUCAUGGAAGCGAUAAAAAAAGAGCUUGAAGAAAACUCGGAUUUAAAUGCGGUUAGGGAAAUCCUCUCUAAUAUUUCCGACGAAGAAAUCGAAAGUUACAGCCCGUUGAGUAGGCUGGGGAAGGUGCCACUACUUGAAGACAUGGACAAAGGAGUUUUGAGAGAAAUCUCUAAGAAGCUUGAGCCUGAGAAGUAUACUAGUGGAAAAAUCAUUAUUGAAAAGGAUAAAACACUUGAAAAGAUGCUUUUCAUCGUGGCCGGAAGUGUAACCAUUGAAAAGACAGAUGGUUCUCGGCUGAAACUAGACGCAGGAAACUUUUAUGGAGAGAAACUUCUAGUUUCGCCAUCGUGGACCUCCUCUGGUGAUGCAAAACCCAUAAACGAUGAGUCUGUUGUGGCCUUUGAUGAUGUUCAAGCCCUUGUUCUCUAUGCCACAGACAUGGAGACCUUGGGCUCUGGUUCCAAGCGGUUUAUAACCGAGUUGCGCUUGGUGGUUACUGUUCUUCCGAAAGUGCCAAAGCUUCAGAAUAUGGAUGAACAAGUAUUGAAAGCAAUGUCUAAGCUUCAUUCGCAGAAGAAAUAUAAACGCAACGACUGUAUUGUUCGAGAGGGCCAACCACUUAAUAUGAUGUUCUUCGUCACGAGCGGAAAGGUAACGAAAAAUGAGACCCAUACGGAAGCAAAUUUUUUUGGAGAAGAACUUGUUGAGUGGGUACUGGAUGAGUUUUUUCCUACCAUAUUACCCUUAUCGACCUGCACGGUUAGGGUAGAAUCAAAUGAUGCUCGAGUCCUCAUUCUCAAGGCCGACCACCGCUUGAAGAGUGUAGCCUCUGAAUUCGAGCCGCAAUUCAAAAGCAUCGCCUCUCCCUCAGAUGUCCGGUUGACUUGGCUAAAGAAAGUGGAAAUCUUUCAACAAAUGGAGGAACAAGUGUCGGAAACAAUAUCCAAGCGUCUUAAACCCAUGAACUUCAAUGUUGCCAAUCGCCAUAUUCUUCAAGAGAAAAAACCACUUAAAAUGAUGUUCUUCGUCAUCCGAGGAGUUGUAUUAAUUGAAAGCGAUAGUGCUAUGGACGUGAACGUGACAAAAACCUGUGAAUUGGGAAAUUUCUAUGGAGAAGAACUUGUACAUUGGAUUACAACUUGGGUAUCACACCAGUCCUUUCCUACCAAACUACCUUUGUCACCUGGUUCUGCGCUAUGCGGCGUGCUUGGUAGUCCUGUCCAAAUCCUUUCUCUCACAGCCGACGACUUGAUGAGUGUAGUCUCUGAAUUCAGGUCGAAAUUCACCACGGAAACCGCCCUCCCUACAGAUUCUGAUCAGCCUCGGGACUGGUUGACCAUCCUAAAGAAUGUGGAAAGGCUUGAGACUAUGGAUGAGGAAGUUUUGAAAGAAAUAUGUGGGUAUCUUGAGCUCAGAACUUGUGAAGAUGCGUACAUUAUUCAAAAGGAUAAACCAAUCGAAAUGAUGUUCUUCAUCAUGAGCGGAGUUGUGUCAGUGACAGACGGGAGGUCGAAACAUUACCGCAAUAAAGGAGGACGUCCAAAUCACAGUGGAGUUGACCUCAUAGAACAUUGGCUACAAUCUAAAUCUACCGGCGUUCCUGCCGAAUUACCCACCUCUCCUUUUAGUUUUUGGGCCAUCGGUGAAGUUAAAGUUCUGGUUCUUAAGGCCGACGACUUGGCAAAGGUUCAGCCUGGUGAUCAAAUUCGUUAG